UCCAUGAAUUUCAGUGGCAAAGUGGUAUUAAUCACGGGUGCUAGCUCCGGAAUAGGAGCGGCUACAGCGCUGUACUUCUCGAAACUCAAAGCAACUCUAGCCUUGGUGGGCCUAAACAUUGACCAGCUGCAACAGGUUGCGUCGAAAUGUGAAACUGCCGGAGGCAGUAAACCAAUGGUCACUGCAACCGACUUAACCGAUGAGUCGGGCAAUACGCAACUGAUAGCGGAAGUGAUUAAAACUUUUGGUAAACUGGAUGUGUUGGUUAAUAAUGCAGGCAAAGGAUCGGCCGGAACCAUCCUUUCAACUAGUCUGGCGAAUUACGAUGACAUUAUGAGGACCAAUGUACGAUCGGUAUUUCAGCUGACGCAAUUGGCGGUUCCUCAUCUAAUCCGUACCAAAGGUAACAUCGUCAAUGUGUCAAGCGUAGCCGGACGGCGAUCAUUUCCGGAUUUUUUGGCUUACUGUAUUUCGAAAGCGGCCAUCGAUCAAUUGACGCGUUGCGCUGCUCUUGAGCUGGCACCAAAUCAAGUUCGAGUCAAUGCCGUAAAUCCAGGUGUUAUUGUUACAAAUUUCCAUAGGCAAGCUGGUAUGAAGGAGGAAGCCUAUAAAGCUUUUUUGAAAAGAUGUGAAAAAACUCAUGCACUGGGAAGAGUUGGCCAAGACUCGGAAGUGGCAUCGGCAAUUGCUUUCUUGGCCGGUGAUACAGCUAGUUUCAUAACUGGUCUUUGUCUGUUUGUUGAUGGGGGUAAACAUAUUAUGUGCCCGCGAUAA